ACGACGUCGUCUGCAGGAUCGCUUUACGGCAACAUGGCAGCCUGCUGGCUCGAGCUCCAGUCCUGUCGGUUCUGACCGUCAAAAUCUCUAACUUAACGAUGAAAACAGGGACUCAGGGCACGAGACCAGCGGGUCGGUAACGGGGUCUCACCAGGACUGUGAUAAUGAUGUGUUUUCAGAGAGUUUCCGCGUUGUUGUGUCGAAAGGCCGUAACUGUUCGGCGUGAGGUAGUCGCGCGGAGUACGGGUGUGUGUCUACUGGAGCCUGUAUCAUGGCGGCACAGGCACACACCUGUCAACGGGUGCGCGAGGUUGAAACAGCCCCCGGUGAGCAGCUCGUGGCUCUUGGGAGUGAAAGGUACGGACACCCGGGUCGGAUGCUGGAGUGGGGUCUUCCAGUGCGUCAAACCGGCGUCCCGGCACGCGCAAGGAGACCUACUCUCCUACCGGGGAGGUCACGAGAGGUCGGCGGCCGCUUACCUGUCUUUACUGCCACCUGGAGCGCGAGGGCUGUGUAGUGGAAACACCGAGGAGUCAAAGGAGAGUUCUAAGGUAGAGCCCAAAGACCGGAGUGGGGACACUGUGGUACCGGGACAGGGACUGUUCAAGUUUAAAGAACUGUAUGAGAACCCAUGGACGAUCCCAAACCUAUUAUGUGUCUGUCGGAUUGUCUUGGCUCCAUUCCUGGGUUACCUGAUCAUCGAGCAGCAUUUUCACCUCAGUCUGGCUCUGUUUACGCUGGCAGGAGCCACUGACCUGCUGGACGGUUACAUAGCCAGAACAUGGCCCAAUCAGAAGUCAGCACUGGGCAGCGCUCUCGACCCAUUGGCUGACAAGAUUCUCAUCAGUAUUUUAUACGUCAGUCUCACCUAUGCUCAACUUAUACCAGUUCUUCUCACAGCUCUAGUGAUUUCCAGAGAUAUUGGUUUGAUUGCCGCUGUCUUCUGGGUCAGAUACAAGACUGUUCCUUCCCCGGUGACCCUUAGUAAGUUUUUUAACCCCUGCUACACAACAGCACAGCUCAAACCCACUCUCUUCAGCAAGGUGAACACAGCCAUCCAGCUCUUUCUGGUUGCAGCGUCUCUGGCUGCUCCAGUCUUCCAGUACACAGACAGCGUUUUCCUACAGUGUUUAUGGUAUGUUACAGCAGUGACAACAACAGCAUCAGGCUACAGCUACUGGCACUACGGCCGCAAAACCGUCCAGGUGCUGAACACCAGAUCACCAUGACGACCGUACCAGGAACCACACAGAGAGCAGAACAACCACAGCCGAGAGAGAGAGACACUGAUCAGCGUUGACAGAUGCUGGACAGACAGAUGCGCCAUCGCGAAGAGCCAAACCCAAGUAGCUUUGACAACCAUUUAUGAGUUGUCAUGGCAACGACACGUGGAAACAAACUGCGGCCGCAGAUGUUUUGCUGCAACACUAAAGAAAACGCCUCUGGAGUGGCUGAGGAGUAGAGACGUACAAAUAGAAACAGCAAAUUCACACAAGGGCCAUCCACCACACAGAUCUGACAGGAGCGAUGGUUUUGUCUUAGUAUUUCAAUCAAGAGGUUGAGGUUGUCACAUCAGCCUCAUCAGUGUCACAUGAUUGUCAGUUUUGUAAAUCAGUGAUUUAUGAUUAAAAAAAAAGAAAACCUCCUCA